AUUUGUUUGUUUUUCCCCUAGACGACGCCGUGUGGAGGAGGUGAUUUACUUUUCCAAAUACAUUGUGAGCCACAGCCCAGAAGAGAGUGUAAGUGAGAAAGCAUACAAUGGCCACGCCGCCGAUGCCGCCGCCGAACAUGGAGGGUGGCCCGCCGCAAGUUGUAGCACAGCCGCCGGGGACGGACAUGACCGGAAUAUGCUUCAAGGACCAGCUUUGGCUGAGCUCUUAUCCUCUCGAUCGCAAUCUGGUCUUUGAUUACUUUGCAAUCUCGCCCUUCUACGACUGGACCUGUAACAAUGAACAGCUCCGUCAGCGCGCAAUUCACCCUCUUGAUAUCUCUCACCUCUCCAAAAUGACGGGGACAGAAUACAUGCUGACGGAAGUUACGGAGCCGCACCUGUUUGUCAUCCGCAAGCAAAAGAGGGACAGUCCGGAGAAAGUAACACCCAUGAUGACUUACUAUGUCUUGGAUGGUUCGAUAUAUCAAGCACCUCAGCUUUGCAAUGUUUUUGCAGCUCGAGUUGGACGUGCUCUCUAUCAUAUAAAUAAGGCUUUCACCACUGCAUCUUCAAACUUGGAGAAGAUUGGAUAUGUUGAUCCAGAAAAUGAAACUGCAGCCUCUGAAUCCAAGGCUAGCAAAGAGACAAUUGACGUAAGGGAAUUUAAUCGAGUGAACCAAAUUCUUCAAUCGUUAUUGCGCAAGCUACCACCAGCCCCACCACCGCCACCAUUCCCAGAAGGCUAUGUUCCUGUACCCACUGGAGAAGCCGAGAACGGCUCAGAAACUCAGCAAGCCGGAGAGCCACAACAACCUCCGGUGGAUCCCAUCAUUGAUCAAGGGCCAGCUAAAAGGAUGAAAUAUUAGAUUAGACGUGGUUACCAACUUUACAUCUUGUUAGAGUACCAAAUGGUCCAGGAGAGAGACAUUUCAGCAUAUUUGAGAAACAUGGGUAUAUGCUUAGCUUUGUGCUUGCUUUCGACCGUUGGUUAGCAAAUCAUACACAGUGGAACUUUAGACAUAAUAGAAAGUUAUGGAUUGUAGUGCUUCUAAUCUAGUUGUAGUCUGAUUACUCAUGCAUUACAGAAAAUGGUUUCCCUAAGACUAGGAAGUUCAUUUCUUCAUGUCAUUUGCGAACAAAGCAGUUGUAAUCAUUUGGCUUAAUGUCGAUUUCAAUCUUCAUGGUAACAUUGUCGUUUGUGAAUA